ACAUUAUGGUUAGUGAGCAGGAAGUGGUAGCUAGAAUUGAAGAAGUGCGGUCUCGCAAGGGCUGUUUAGGGAUCCAGGUCCGAAGGACCCCACAUCAGAAAUCCAAACACGAAGAAAAACAACAAUAUUGGGAACAGAUUCAACUGCAACACAGACUAGAACAGCAAGAAGAGACUCAGCAGGCUCAAGAACUUAAGAAAUUGGAAAAGAAACGAGAAACCAAAAAGUCAAAACGGCAGAAAGCAGAAGAAUUACGUCAGAAGGAACAUGAAAAGUUUGUGAAGCAACAAGAAAAGUUUGAGCGAUUGGAACAGGUGCGUCUUGAAAAGGAAAUGAAGGCUAAACAAUUUAUAGAGGACCGUAGACGUCGAAAAGAGGAAUUAGAGAGACAAUACAGGGAAGAGGUUGAACGCAAGGCCAAGGAGAGAGAGAUGAAAAAACAACAAGCUGCUAUUCUGAGGGAGCAGGAAUUGCAGAAGCAUAGGGAAAUGAUCUUAAUGCUUGAUUUGGAGAGAGAGCGAAGAAGACAGCACACGUUACUUGUACGAGCUUUAGAAGUUCGAAAGAAACAUGAG